UUCCCACAAACCCUUGCGCGGUUCAGCUCGUGUCGGGCGUUAUGGCGUCUUCUUGAAGCGUAGAGGAAUCGCAACUGUUUUGUUGACAAGUAAUAAAGAUGGCAGCUGACUCGACAGACAAGAAGGAUGCAGAAUCCUCAGGGACCAAAGACAGAGAGAGGAAGCGCAGCCGUUCAAGAGAGAGAGACCGCAAAAUGUCACCUACACGUAAACGACAUCGAUCCCGUGAACGAAACCGUUCCAAAUCUCCAGAAAGAGACCGACGCAUGAAAGACAAGGAUAGAGACAAGGACCGGGACAGAGAUAAAGACAGAGACAGGAGCCGUAAGGACAGAGACAGCCAUCGACGUGAUAAAGAUCGCAGCAGGAGGUCCAGAAGUGCUUCACCAAAGUCAAAGGAUGGCAAGAUGAAAAGAGAGAAAGAUAUCAAAACAGAAGAGGAGGACGAUGAAAAAAAGAAGAAAGAGAAAGUCCAGCCACUGUCUUUGGAGGAGCUUCUGGCCAAGAAGAAGGCAGAGGAGGAAGCAGAGGCAAAGCCCAAGUUUUUGUCCAAAGCAGAGCGAGAAGCCGAGGCUAUAAAACGCAGAGAGCAGCAGACAGAGGAGAGGAGGAGGUUGUUGGACGAGGAGAGAAAGAAAAGAAGAAUGUUCCAGGACAUCGGGAGAAAAAUGCUGGAGGAUCCCCAAGAAAGGGAGAGACGAGAGCGAAGAGAGCGAAUGGAGCGAGAGAACAAUGGGAAUGAAGAAGAUGAUGGACGACAGAAGCUCAGAGAGGAGAAAGAUAAAAGCAAAGAGCUGCAGGCCAUCAAGGAACGUUAUCUGGGUGGGCUCAAAAAACGCCGGCGAACUCGUCAUCUGAAUGACAGGAAGUUUGUGUUUGAGUGGGAUGCAUCUGAGGACACUUCAGUCGACUACAACCCGAUUUACAAAGAAAAGCAUCAGGUACAGCUGUAUGGGCGAGGCUUCAUCGCUGGCAUCGACUUAAAGCAGCAGAAAAGAGAGCAGUCGCGUUUCUACGGUGACCUGAUGGAGAAAAGACGUACGCUGGAAGAGAAGGAGCAGGAGGAGACAAGACUGAAGAAGAUGCGAAAGAAGGAAGCCAAGCAGCGCUGGGACGACAGACACUGGUCUCAGAAGAAGCUGGACGAGAUGACGGACAGAGAUUGGCGAAUCUUCAGAGAGGAUUACAGCAUCACCACCAAAGGAGGAAAGAUCCCGAACCCAAUCAGGAACUGGAAGGAGUAUUCUCUGCCCGCACACAUCCUCGAGGUCAUCGACAAAUGCGGCUAUAAGGAUCCGACACCAAUUCAGAGGCAGGCCAUUCCUAUUGGUUUGCAGAACCGUGACAUCAUCGGUGUGGCUGAGACCGGUAGCGGUAAAACAGCUGCUUUCCUGAUUCCACUGUUGGUCUGGAUUACCACCCUGCCAAAGAUUGACAGGAUUGAAGACUCAGACCAGGGUCCUUAUGCUGUGAUUUUGGCACCGACUCGUGAGUUGGCUCAGCAGAUCGAAGAGGAAACCAUAAAGUUUGGUAAACCACUUGGUAUCCGAACAGUGGCUGUGAUUGGAGGAAUCUCCAGAGAGGACCAGGGCUUCCGACUCAGGAUGGGCUGCGAGAUUGUGAUCGCCACCCCCGGACGUCUGAUCGACGUGCUGGAGAACCGCUACCUGGUCCUCGGCCGCUGCACCUACGUGGUCCUUGACGAGGCCGAUCGUAUGAUUGACAUGGGCUUCGAGCCUGAUGUGCAAAAGAUCCUGGAGUACAUCCCAGUGACCAAUCAGAAACCAGACACAGACGAAGCAGAGGACCCCGAGAAAAUGACAAUGAACUUUGAAUCUGGGAAACAUAAAUACAGACAAACGGUCAUGUUCACGGCUACGAUGCCUCCAGCUGUGGAGAGGCUGGCCAGGAGCUACCUGAGACGUCCUGCUGUGGUCUACAUCGGCUCGGCCGGAAAACCUCACGAGAGAGUCGAACAGAAGGUGCUGCUCAUGUCAGAGGGAGAGAAGAGGAAGAAGCUGCUGGAGGUUUUGGCUCACGGCUUCGAGCCUCCCAUCAUCAUCUUCGUCAACCAGAAGAAGGGUUGCGAUGUGCUGGCCAAGUCUUUAGAGAAGAUGGGGUACAAUGCGUGUACACUUCACGGUGGCAAAGGCCAGGAGCAGAGAGAGUUUGCUCUCUCAAACCUCAAGGCAGGAGCCAAAGACAUCCUGGUGGCCACAGACGUUGCUGGUCGAGGUAUUGACAUCCAGGACGUCUCCAUGGUCAUUAACUACGACAUGGCGAAGAACAUCGAAGACUACAUCCAUCGUAUCGGUCGUACGGGUCGUGCUGGUAAGAGCGGUGUGGCCAUGACUUUCCUCACCAAAGAGGACUCUGCGGUGUUUUACGACCUGAAGCAGGCCAUCCUCGAGAGCCCGGUGUCCACCUGCCCACCGGAGCUGACAAACCACCCGGACGCUCAGCACAAACCUGGAACCAUCCUGACCAAGAAGAGACGCGAGGAGACCAUCUUUGCCUAAUUUGAACUUUAUCCACUGAUACUUGGUGUUCACUUCUCUGUAUUACAUUAAUGUUUAAGGCUAUUGACGCCCUUGUGUUUUUUUAUUGUAUUUGUCAUCCGCUCUGUGGAUAGUAAGGAACACAUGGACUGAUGCAGAAAACAUUCUCUGGUUCUCAUCGGGGCACUUGGAUUUUAAGAUACAAUUGUUGUGAAUCUGUGAUCAGUGAGCAGGAUCCCAAUGAUCUGCUCCAUAUAAAUAUCAUGUGAUAAAUAGCAGCUGGAUGCGACUGUAGAUGAGUAGUGUGUGCAAAAGGGUUUUAGUCAUUUUCUGUCACAAUUUGACUUUUCUGACCAAAAGCAGAAUUGAUGCCCGUUUCUUUUGCUUCGGUUGCAUCCUCUGACUAGACUGUAGUCAAUUGUUUAAAAUAUAAACAUUUGUAUGAAGUGAAUACAGCAAAUCUAUAACAUCUGUUUCUGAAAUGACUACAUUAUAUGUGAAGAUUUUUUUUUCUAUAGCAAUCGUCUUGUACUACAAGGGAGAAAAUUUCAGGUACCUUAGCAUGAAGCUACAGGACAGAAGAACAUCCACUGAUCCAUUUGUGUGUUCCACAUUACCAGCUGUUGUUCAAGCCUGCAGUAGUUGUGUUGGUUUUCCUGCUAUCCAGUGGUUUGUGAGCACUUUAUACAUACAAAUGGUGCCUGCACAUUUUUCACAAAUGAUUGUUACACAAAUUGCAGAUAAAUUUGUUCUACAGUAUUUCCCCA